AUGGGUGAUUCGUGUUGUAAUCCAUUGUCAAUGGGAUCGAUUGUUAAAUUAAUCGAGAACAAUAUCACACCAUCACCCUACAUUUUAUCUCUUAGAAUCGGGGAUAACAUCGCAGAUGACACAUCGAAUGGAUUUUUUAUGAAUGUAAAUCAUCAAAUUGAUUAUGCUUGUAACCUAAUAACGACAAAUAAAAAUCUAUCUGAGGGUUAUCAUUCAAUAGGCUUUUCUCAAGGUGGUCAAUUUCUUCGUGCAAUAGCUCAACGGUGUCCAAAUCCACCGAUGUUAAAUCUAAUUUCCGUUGGUGGUCAACAUCAGGGCGUUUUUGGUUUUCCAAGAUGUCCAGGAGAUAACAUAACAGUUUGUAAUUAUAUUCGAGAUCUUUUACGCUUUGGUGCAUAUGAAACAUUUGUUCAAAAUCAUCUUGUCCAAGCUGAAUAUUGGCAUGAUCCUCAUCAAAUAGAAGAAUAUCGUAAAAUGAGCAUAUUUCUGGCUGAUAUAAAUCAGGAACGAACAUUUAAUGAAAUAUAUAAAACAAAUUUAUUAAAAAUACGAAAUAUGAUAUUAGUCAAAUUUUUGAAAGAUACAAUGGUCGAACCACGUGAAUCAGAAUGGUUUGGAUUCUAUAAAGAGAAUGAUACAUCAACAAUAAUCGAUUUGAGAGAUAGUGAUUUAUACAAAAAUGAUUUACUUGGAUUAAAACAAAUGGAUGAACAACAACGUCUAAAAUUUAUUGAAUCAAAUACAGAUCAUUUACAAUUCACAGAUGCUUGGUUCAUUGACAAUAUUAUUCCCUAUUUAAAAGAAUAA